AACAAUUAUUGUAAAAAAAAAAAAUAAGAAUGCCGUAUAAAUUGAAAAUAUAUAAAUUUAACUGAAAACCACAAAAAAAUAUUAUAUCGAAAAUGUCAAAUUCUAACCGAAAUAACUUUAGAGAAAUACACGAUUUAUUAGAAAAAUUGUGUAAAAGUUUUACAAAAUCAAAACAUAAAGAAACUCUUAGAAAUGUAACAAAAUACAUAUCAAAUUGUCCAACAGCUUUUGGAAGUAGUUCUCUUCCAUAUGAUGAAAGUUCUCUGGUGUCAAAAAUUACUAAACAUUUGGCAAAUAAUUGCAAAUCCGCGAAUGAUAUUGUACUGUUUAAUAGUUUACAUGAACAACUAAAAGCAUGUCAAUCAGAUCAACGACAAAGAAGUGCUCUCUUAACAUUUUUAUACUUUAUGGCCGAAUCCAAAACAAAUGAAAUUCCUAUUAACAAUGGUGCUCUAGACGAGAAAGGUAAACUAACAUCAACAAUAAGCGGAAUUAAAAAUAACUUUAAGAAAAAUAGCAAUGAUGUCAUAACUCCAGCAGCAAAUGGGGAGAGAACUCAAAAUUAUUUAAGAUAUAAAGCAUCAGGCACAAGUUUGCACAAAACCUCAUCGUCAGAAAGUAAUUUCAAAAUAGCUCAUAUUAAAUGUCUUCAAGAACAACCUUCGGAUAGUGAUUUUUCAGUAACAGAAAAUCCAUUAAAAAAAUCUUAUGGCAUAACAACGAAUUUGAACGACGAUUUAGUCCAAAAUGUUAUUUAUUCCUUUACUGGAAUUCAAGGAAAAUAUUUAAAAAAGGAUGUAAUAAAUGGAGAAUUCAAACUUGAGCCCAAAGCAGCCAGGUCUCUAAAUAUUGUUCAAGCUGGAAUGUUAUUGAAAUUAUCAAAAUUGGGCUAUUAUCAUGAUCAAGUUCAAUCAUAUACCGAUGUAAAGAAAGGUAAAUGCGCUUUGGGAUUAACAGGGCAAGGUUUUAUAUCAGCGCUAAAGAAUGAAUUAACAAAGUAUUAUGGUAUGGUCGCCAUGUUACAAGAACAGUUAAAUAGCCAAAGAAGAGGAGAAAUUGAAAACUGGAAAGAUCAACAUAACUUUAUGUGUGAUCGUAUUACAUUGAUGAAAAUUAUGGUUUGGGCAAUCGAUCCAUUACAUCGUUUACAAUGGCUAGCGAAAAUAGCUGAAGCUUGUCAAAAUAAAAAGGGUGGAAUACUUGCUUCAACUGUUUAUGAAUUUCUUUGUAAUGGAGAUCCAGCAGUACGAUCAUUAGUUCGUGAUUUAUUAUUAGCGAUCUGUGGUCCAUUGCAUCAUCAAUUAUCUAGAUGGUUACUUGAAGGAGAAAUUGUUGAUCCGCACAAUGAAUUUUUUAUUGAAGCAUUAGAUGUUGGACCAGAUCGAUUAUGGCAUGAGAAAUAUCGUGUACGAGUUGCAAUGCUACCAAUUUUUAUAUCAACUGAUUUGGCAAAUAAAAUUUUAAUAACGGGCAAGAGUAUAAACUUUCUAUAUGAAGUAUGUGACGAUAAAGCACCAAUUAAAGGAAGAGAAGAAUUAAGGCAAAGUCUUGAAGUUAAUGCUGAUAAUAUUUUUUCGAAUGUUGCCGAUACGAAAUUGCAUGCUGUUAUCGACACAGUUUAUUUGAAUACGUCUAAGAAAGUGUUAGAUAUAGUUUUGGGACCGCACAAAUUGCUUACUCAUUUGCAAGGGAUGAAAAGAUAUUUGCUUUUAGGACAAGGAGAUUUUAUUGGAAUUUUAAUGGCUAAUUUUAAAUCAGAAUUGGAUAAACCAGCAAAAAAUUUACACGGUUAUGAAUUACAAGCAAUAUUAGACGCCGCCAUACGAUCUUCUAAUUCAAUUGAUGAUUCCGAAAUUUCAAAUCAUUUAGAUGUUAAACUUAUGAAUUCCUAUGAUGGAGAUACUGGUUGGGAAAAUUUGUUAUUACUGUACGUCGUACGUGGACCGUUAAAAACGAUGUUAGAACCAUCAAUGCAUAAUUACAAAUUACUGUUUAAGAAAUUAUGGAAAAUGAAACAUAUUGAAUUUUUGUUGUCCUCAAAAAUAUGGAAGUAUCAAAUGUCUAAUGCAAAACAACUACGGUUGAUAAGCUCCAAAAUUAACCCGAUUUUAUAUCGGCUUCAUUUGUACACUUCUGAAAUGAUACAUUUUAUUCAUCAAAUGGAAUACUAUAUACUCUUUGAAGUUAUUGAGUGUUCAUGGGCUGAAUUUCAAGAAAAAAUUCAUUUAGCAAAAGCCUUAGACGAUAUAUUAUUGGCACAUGACGAAUUUUUAAAAAAAGCAAAGUCUGGAGCAUUUUUAGAUGAGAAAUCAAAUAAUUUAGAUGAUCAAAUGUCAACAAUAUAUGUUAAUAUCGAUCGCUUAGAUGUGUGGCAGGACAAAUUUUUUGAAAAUUGUUUUAAAGAAUUUGCAUCAGUAAAAGCUUAUAAAAAACAUAUUGCUGAUAGUGAAAUAACUGGUGAGUUUGGCGUAACAGCAGAAAUGAAGCUUGAACGCGAUCAACAGGAGAAAAUAUUUGAACAAUAUUUAGCGGCUUGCGAGAAAUCGUUAGAAAAAAUUGGAAGUGAUUAUGAAUUGGCCGUUAGGCAAUUCUUAUUGAUGCUUAAUUCUGAUAAUGAUCAUAAUUUGCAAUUAUUUGGUAUGAGGUUGGACUUUAAUGAAUACUACAAAAAACGUGAUGAAAGAUUAGAUGUGCCAUUAACAUUUGAACAUAUGAUGCGAAAUAGUAAUGCGUUUCUUUGCAUGAGUUCAACAAACGGAAGUAAUGUUGGAAAUAAUACUAUGAAUUAUAGCCAAUAUAGUAUUAAUUGACAUCUGUUAAAAUACAUGAACAUUGAGAAUCAUCAUAGUGUAUUAUAUAAUUGUAAGAAGUGUGAAAAUAUAUUUAAAAUGGGUUUUGAUAUAAAUAAAAAUCUAUAUCAUAAUAAUGAAAAGAAUAUUACAAAUAUAAAACGUCCAGUAAUUGAAAAAUCUCAAAGUAACAUGAUAUUUAUGGAAUGUUGUCAAAUUAUAUAAAAGUGAUUAUGAGCGAGAAUAAAAUUAGGAAAAAAAAAUAAUAGUUACAUAUAAAUUUUGUUGCCAUAAUUUUUAAGGAAAUGAAAAAGCUAAUGUACAUAGCUAUAUAGAAAUACAAUGUUGAAAAAAUGCAAAGGAUACAAUUAUACAUAUUUUUUUAAUAUAGGAACACAUUCAUGUUUACGUAAAUUCAAUAUUUAAUACCAAAUUUUAUUCAAAUUUUAUUUAUAAGAGUUACCUCGAUUGAAUAAAUUGUUUAUGGCCAAUUUCAGACUGAAAAAUCAGUUUUAGCAUAUAUAUAUAUAUUUGAUAUUAUUUUAUUUAUUUUGUAAUUAACAGAUCUAUAGACUGAUCAAAAUUUUUACUAUAGCUCCAUACUUGUAUUUAAAGCUAUAAGGGAACAAAUUUCAUUUAUGAAAAAUGUUGAAAUAUCUUUCUUCAUUAAAUAUAAUGUCUUUUUCAAAUUUUUGAGCAUG